GCGCUCUUCCAGGAUGUUUUCCGCAGAGCAGACAAGAAUGAUGAUGGGAAGCUCUCAUUUGAGGAGUUCCGGAAUUACUUUGCUGACGGGGUUCUCAGCCCUGGGGAGCUUCGGGAGCUGUUCAGCGGCAUUGAUGGGCAGUCCACUGACAAUUUGGAAACGGAGAAGCUGUGUGACUACUUCUCAGAACACCUGGGUGUCUACAGGCCUGUGCUGGCUGCGCUGGAGUCCCUGAACCGUGCAGUGCUCACUGCCAUGGACACCACCAAGUUGGAGUAUGAGCGGGCCUCCAAGGUGGACCAGUUUGUGACACGCUUCCUACUGCGGGAGACGGUGAGCCAGCUACAAGCCCUGCAGAGCUCGCUGGAGGGUGCGUCAGAUACCCUGGAGGCCCAGGCCCAGACCCAUGGGCCAUGGUCAGAUGAAGAGAGAGUGGAGGUGCAGAGCAGGCCCCGUGGCAGCCGGCGGGCAGGGCGCAGGGCCUUGUGGAGCGUCAGCCGGUCACCCACCUGGUCCCCUGGCUCCUCUGACGCAGGGCAGAGUUCAGAGGCUGAGAGGCAGUGGCGGCUCCAGGUUAACCGUCUCCAGGAGCUCAUCGACCAACUCGAGUGCAAGGCCCCCCUCCUGGAACCCCUACAUGAAGAGGAGCUUACCAAGGGACCCAACUCGCAUAUCCUCGUGUCCCAGAGGCAGGUUCAAGUGGCAGAAGGAGCCCUGCAGGACUUCUACUGUGCCCUGCGCUGCUAUGUGGACUUCACAGGGGCCCAGAGCCAUUGCCUGCAUGUGUCUGCUCAGAAGAUGCUAGACAAUGCCUCCUUCACCCUGUACGAGUUCUGGCAGGAUGAGGCCUCCUGGAGAAGGCACCAGCAGUCCGCCUGCAGUAAGGCCUUCCAGCGCAUCCUCAUUGACCACCUGCGGGCUCCGGAAACCCUCACCACUGUGUUCUUCCCAGCCUCCUGGUGGAUUAUGAAUAAUAACUGAUCCUGACCUGCAUUAGUCAAGGACCCUGUGGCUCUGCCUGCCUCCUUCUGGAGCUUCUGGACGGUCAAUUCAGCACCAAGACCAAGGAUACUGCUGAUCCUAGACCUGGGGUCUGGCUCUCAGAGGCCUCCAAGACCAGCUGGUGGAGAGUCCUCAGUCCAGGGAUCAGGGACUGGUCUGCUUGCUUUCUAUUUCUUUCUUUAUCAGUGUAUUUUACUGUGUGUAGCUUUGGUCUCAGGCACUCUGGCCUCUACCUGACUUAGAAGUCCUGGAUUCUGGUUCUCUCUGCCUCUGCCUUGUUGUAUGACCCAGGGCAGAUCCCUUCCCUCUCCGCGUGAGCCUUGGACUGUCUGGCUGCCCUGUGGGUGCCUGCUUUCCUCCUGCUAUCUUGGGGCCACGUUCUGCUCUUCCUCAACCAGCAACAGGACCAGGGCUGAUGCUCAGGGACCCCCAUCCCCACCCCAAACCUUGACCCCUGAGGCUGAGCUGGGUCUUCUGCACUGUGGGGACGGACCGGGAUAUCCCCACCACCCUCCUGGGCUGCGAGCUUCUGACUCUUCAGCACCCUCCACUGCACCAGAGACAUCUGGAAGAUCCUGGGUUGGUUUGCAUGUCAUUUGCAUAUAAUUUGCAUGCCCAUGCCCACCCAUACUCAGGACACUAUGGGAAGCCCCAAGGUGACCUUGCCCAGUAGCAAUAAUUUGGGUCUAGAGUCACCUGCUGUCCCCAGAUACCUCUGAACCUGAACCCCAGCCCACAACCCCAGCAGAGAGACAAUAAAGGCAGUGGUCA